AUGGGUAGCGAGUCGUUGUUUGAGAGGCUGAAUUGCUUAGCGAAGAGACGCAAAGAGUCAACCGCUUCUGACACAUCGCCGGAACUGCAUUCCUUCAAGAAAGUUGAGACCGAGGGCUGGUCUGCUAAAUGUGAGUCCCUGAUAACCCAAUUGGGCGCCAUAGAGGAUGAUGCGGAGAGAAUCCAAUGGUUCAAGAAAGUGCUAGGGGAAUUGUUGAUGAUGGUAUUGGACAAAGAAUUUGGUAGCGGCGGGUUGUCCUUACAAAAUGUAGCGGAUUUCAUCGACAGCUUAGGGAAAGUGCCGCCAACGGAUAGCAAAGUGGAAACUGUGUCCAUUAUUGGGAAACUGUACGUGGCCAUCACCAGCUAUAUACCGGGCGUCGUGCCAAAUUCGGAGGCGGAGACUCAAGUAAUCGAACUGACAAAGUUGGUCACGUCAAUCCAUGGCGAGGUUUACAAGUUCAGUGCAUUGACCUCCAAGAUAAACACGAAGGAACAGAAUGUACUGUUGAGACACCUGUUGAAGAAGAACAAAUUCGAAUUGCAGAAGUUCAAUCUCUUGUCCGAGAGCCCUGUUGGGUUUGCUCAACUGACCACAUUGUUCGUCUCUUUUUACUCUGACAACAGUAGAUUAGCGAAGCUAGACUACUACACCAAUGAGAUGUACUUCAUCAUGGGGAAGUUCUCCUUGGAACUGAUAAAGAGCAUGGACAUCUUUUUGGGUAUCUCCGCAAAAUACCUGUACACGAAUUACUCCGAUAUGGUCGCCUUUCUGAAGGCCACGAAUUUUGUUCGUUUGGGGGGGCCUGAUACAAAGAAUUUGGCUUUGACCAACCUGCUCGUCGUUAACCUCAACGAAUAUGACGGGGAAUUGAGGGAAUCUUUUUGGCAAAUCUGUACAAUCUUGGUGCAAGCUGGGAUCGUCGAUGCAGAUCUUGUAUGGCACAAUCUUUCCCCAGCGACCGAAUCCCUAGAAGAAUCUUUGGCCAAAGUGGAGACGUAUCUGGAGAAAGAAUCGACAAAGGGUACGGAUAACCCUCUCGCCAUGGCUGCUGCGUUAUCCGCCGAGGAUGAGGAUAAAGAUGCUAAUAUGGAUGCAGCGAACAAAGAAACUGCGAAGGACACUGGUAAUGACGCGGAAACUGGUACCCUCGAGAACCAGGAGUCUGCUUCAAUGGAGACACUGACGAGCAGUGGAAAGAUCCAGUUUAUCAGGUAUUUACUAAUUUUUGGGUGUUGGGAUGAUGUCUACAAGUUAUUGAGAACGUACCCGAAAAUUCUUUACUUGGAUAACGAUAUACCCCGUUUGAUAGCUCGUUUAUUGGAGGUUAUGAUUACUCCGUUGUACGAGAAAACUCCAUUCUUCCUGGGUACAAAUGGAAUAAGGGAAAACUUGAUGAUCACUAAAUCAGAGAAUGGGUUGUUAAGUCAUAAACCUAGAUUAUACACGACAUCUCAAACGGGUGAUCCCUUCGCUGGUACAGAACUAAACGUUGAAAUGCAAUUCUUUUUCAAAGAAUGGAGCGAGGGUAUCCCGAAGUGCGGUACUGUUGAUGCGCUGUUUGAACGCUCACAUGAGUACUUGACAGUAGCAGGGCCAAAGGUUGCCCAGUCACCAUCGUUUGUUUCGAAGUUAUGCCGGAUCGGGAUUCAUGACAUUGAGACUUCUCAACUCAAGGAGGAGUCUACUGACAGAUGGAUCGAUUAUGUUAGAAAAUUCUUACUCCCAAUGACGUCUACAGAGUUCUCGAACUCGAUCGUUACAUCUGAGUUGUUCAGUCUUAUGACACUGUUCCCCGUCGAACGAAGGUACUUCAUGUACAACGAAAUGAUCACCAAACUAUCUCAAGAUAACAUUUUGGUCAAAAUUGGAUUCAAUAAAGCCGCCAGGGACGCGAAAUCCAUUCUGAAAUCGUUGAGUACCGAUACAAUAUCCAAGGAAUCAAGGAAUCUUUCCAAAGUGAUCUCCUGUAACCCGUUGGCGACCCUGACCCCGACUGUGAAGCAAGUUGAGAACUACGAUAAAGUGUCUGAGUUGAUAAUCUACACUACACGCUACUUCAACGAUUUUGCAUUCGACGUGCUGCAAUACAUUCUGUUGCUAAGUCUGACCAAGCCAAGGUCAUCUGUCCAGUCAGAUGGUGUGAACCAGGCUGCCUGGGUCAACAGACUGGCUAUUUUCAUUGCUGGCUUAAAGAAGCAUGGUUCGAAAAUGGAUAUCACAAACAUCAUUGUGUAUGUGACCAAGACUUUACACGAGGGCAAUAUUAUCGCAGUAUCAAUCUUGAAGCAGUUGAUCAUCACUGUGGGUGGGAUCAGGGACUUGAAUGAGGUGAACGUAAAGACGUUGAUUAUGCUGAAUUCAGGGAGUGUUCUAAAGAGUGAGGCAAGAAAAUCCAUCUUCGAUCACAGAGAGAGUAAUGUAGACAAUGCCCGGAGACUCAUCGACCUUUUCAAGAGUGAGAACGGGGUUUCUGAGAUUAUGCUGCUGCUGUACAACUUAAACCUCAAGUCCAACACGAACGACGCACAUUAUAAAGUUCUGUCGUCUCGUUCUGACGAAAUGAAAACUUUACUGUGGUCCUUUGUCGAACUGGUGAAACACUGUUGUAAAAAUGGUGAAUUUGUCCGCAACGUCCUAUCGUUCCCGGACCUGAUCAGCAAAUUCCAUGUCUCUACACCAUGGGCGUUUCACAUUUGGAGGGACUACAUGGAUGAAAAGAUUAACAGCAGGUCCAAAGAGGAUUCUAAUCAUUCCUCCAGUCUUGAUACCAUUGAAAAUAUCAUGAAUGAGACCCAAUUCGAAAAUGUCGAUUUUACCCACUUAUCAAGGGACUUGUUUAUUACUUUCUGGCAGUUGUCCCUUUAUGAUAUAAAGUUCGAGAAGGGAUUAUACGAUGAGAUGAAGAGUACCAUGGAGGAGGACAAGAAGUUGAAAAACGGGAGUAGAAAACCUUUCAGUAGUGGAAAGUUGAAGAGGUUACUCACAUCGUGCAUCGAGCACCAGAAAACUUUCACGCGUACUAGAGAACUUCUUGGCCAGAAAUCUGAAUCUUGGUGCCAAGAAUUUGAGUCUGCCCAGAUCCUGCCAUUCCUACAAUUUGCUUUGAUCCCCAGGGCUCUAUUUUCCCCACCGGAUGCUAUUUAUUCCGCGACUUUUGUGGCCAGUGCUUUCCAGCUGGAGAGCGGGAUGAGGCUGUUAGAUACGUUGAUUAACUCUAACGUUAUCAGUGCACUGUUGUUCAGUUGCACCGUUAUUGAGGCCGGGAACCUUGGUAUAUUCUUUUGUUCCCUGUUCGAGUGGCUAGAAGAGCAAAGGGCUGCUGAUGGCGUGUUUUCGAGUGACCAAAGGAGACAGUUGUACGAUUGGCACUGUUCCAUGACCGCACAGAUAAUUGAUCUGUUGAGUGCUAAGAACUACAUGUCUAUAAGGAACGGGAUUGAGUUCAUGAAGUACGUUUCUCGUGUGUUCCCCGUUGUGAGGGACCAUGUCGAGCUCCUAUGUGGUCUUUUGGAGUCCAACCUUGUCUCUGAGGAGAGGGAGGACAUUAUCCUACCAACAAGUGCGUUGCUUGGUCAUUUAAAGGCGCGGUUGCGGAAGUCGGCCAUUGCGUUAUCUGACUUUUGUGAGAUGACCCCAGAGGAGCAACUGGAGGCACAGAAGUACGCUGAGGAGGUUAAGGAGAUUGAGGAGUACGAUAAGAUGAUCAAGAACGAGGAGAAGCAAGAGGAGAUUAAGAGGAAGUUGCAAGAGAACAAGCUCCGUCGGGAGCAAACUGUGCAGACUGUCCCAACAGCGCAUAACGACGAGGAGCAGAGCGUGGAGGAAUCGGCAACCGCAGCGGGUCAGAAGAAGGAGGCCCCUGCCCGUGUCCCCACGGGACCCAGCGUCGCCUCAUUGCAAGGAACUCCACCAGUGGGAUCCGCAUCCGAGCGGGCUCCACCCAGUGGGACCGUUUGGUCGUUGAACAAGCUUUUGGCGUGCAUGGAGGACGUCGCGUACCAUGUACAGGCGAACAACGUCGAGAAGGCCCUGAAAUACAUCCCUGACGAGCAGAUGCAACGGGAUAUCCGUUCUUUGACACGGCGCACGACGCUGCCGCUGCCCGAUUUCCGCAACUCGCUGUACAAACUGCUGAGCGAGUACUUCGAGUCCCUGAUCUACUACCCGAAGAACCCUGACUUCCAGCGGUUGCUGUCCAAUGUCCGCAACGGUGUCAUGAAGCUGACCCGUACCGUGGAUGACAGGUCCACCGCGGACAUGUACGAUUCCAACGCAGGGGCGUCUAAGAGCAGGUACGAAGCUGCCAAUGGCAGUGCCAGUGCGAGUAAAUCUACCCCCACGACAGGUACGAACCCUCGGUACAAAAGUGCACGUUCAAGCAGCAGCACGAAGAGAGCAUCGGACCCGCCCAAAGCGUCGUUCUCUGCCAAGAGACCCAGUGGAGAUGCCCCCCUAGGGGUGGAACGCCCAGGGAAACGGUACAAACCUGCUGACCAGCGGUCGACAGAGUCCAUGAGGGGCGCAAGACAGGAGUUCCGCGGCGGGUACGCGAGAGAAAGGGACCCUCCACGGUCGCGGUUCUCGCAGAACCCACAGCAGCAGCAGCCUGCGUCACGCAACGGUCUGCCACAGGGCCCCAAGAGCAGGUACCAGCGGUGA